CGCAAUAGAAAAUUGUAUUUGCAUUGCAUUAUUACAUUCAUGGUUUCCUUAGCCUCGUCUCCUCCUCUCCCCUCCUCCUCUCGCCCCCGCCUCCGCCUCCGCCUCCGCUGCUGCGAAGACACCCUCGGCCUCCGCCGCCGCCGACCCCCGCUCUCCGCCGCCGCCGUCGCCGCGGAGUUGCAGCUGCUGGAGCGAUCGGCGGCGGCGCUCUCGGCGGCGGCGGCGGCGAUGGCGCCGGCGCCGCCGAGGCCGCGGCGGAUCGUGCUGGUGCGGCACGGGCAGAGCGAGGGGAACGUCGACGAGGCGGCGUACGCGCGCGUCCCGGACCCGCGCAUCGGGCUCACGGCCCAGGGCUGGCGCGACGCCGACGAGUGCGGCCGCCGCAUCCGCCGCCUCGUCGAGAGCGGCGGCGCCGGCGACGAUUGGAGGGUCUACUUCUACGUCUCCCCCUACCGCCGCACGCUCGAGACGCUCUGCGGCAUCGGGAAAUUUUCAAGACAGGGAGAAGAUGCGAGUCGAGAAAGAAACCCGCCAGCGAUAUGGUCGUUUUUUCUACCGUUUUCCAAAUGGAGAAUCGGCUGCUGACGUAUACGACCGAAUAACAGGCUUUAGGGAGACCCUUAAAGCAGAUAUUGAUAUAGGUCGGUUUCAGCCACCUGGCAAAAGAUCACCGAACAUGAACAUCGUUCUCGUAUCGCAUGGAUUGACGCUAAGAGUUUUCUUGAUGAGGUGGUACAAGUGGACCGUGGAGCAGUUCGAGGGGUUGAAUAAUUUCGAUAAUGGUGGAAUGUUGGUUAUGCAAACAGGGAAUGGCGGCAGGUACAGCCUCCUUGUGCAUCAUACCGUCGAGGAGCUUAGAGCAUUUGGUUUCACUGAAGAAAUGUUAGAAGAUCAGAUGUGGCAAAAGACCGCGAAACCGGGCGAGCUGAAUUACAACUUCAUGAGACAUGGGCAAUCCUUCUUCACACAUUUUGGUUAGAAAUUUCGACUUAAAUAGGAAAAAAAAAAUGUAAAAUAGUUUCCUCAACAGUACAAUUAUCUGGCUAAAGCUUAAGCUAGUGUUAGGGCACAUAGUUUGUGGUAAUACAUGCAUGUAUGAGAUAAUGUGGGGAAAAAAGGGCUUUUUGAAAGUUUAUAUAUACUAUUUUUAAAAAUUUCCCUUUUCUAUUUAAUUUUCCCCCUUUUCUUUUUUUCUUAAUCAAACAGAUCUUGUUUGUGUUGAAUUGUUAA